GGGAGGUAAGAAGCACUAAGAUUUCCUUGCUGUCUACUAUUCUUCUGUAUGUAGGAUGAUGGUAUUUGAGUUACAUCUAUAUUUAUUUUCUGGUGGUGAUGAUAUGUAAUGUCUAUUUCUGCUGGUCAUUCUAUAUCGACCAAUGGUUGUAAAAUCAAUCGUUUAUCAUUUUCAUCUUCAUCUUCCCUCUCAUGGCCGCCAUGGCCGUGGCAUCUGCAGUUCAUUCUUUUCGGGUCUGGCCCGGAACGAUUAUUCCGAUUCCAGUGAUCCCAGAAUCGAGCUGGAGACUCGUAUCAGAUCCCUACGUGAGAAUCCCCAUUGCCGGGUUGCGGAAGUGUUUGCGUUUUUCAAUCGUGCCAUCGAUUCUGGCUUCAAUCCCUCAGCUGCGACCUGUAAUUCACUUAUCGAUGCCCUUGCGAAGUCUAGAGAGUAUGGUCUGGUUCUUUCCGCAUAUCAGCGGAUGACCCAUUUGGAAAUUUUGCCAAACUACCGAUCCUUAAAUGCGUUAAUGGACUGUUUCCUACGUGCCCGGAAGCCCAAACUCGCCUUUGGGGUCAUGGGGUUAAUCUUGAAGUUGGGUUACACCAUAAACAUUUUCCUUCUGAACCUAGUACUGAAGGAACUGUGCUGGGGUGGCGAGGUCCUCUGGGCGAUAAAACUAUUCCGGGAAAUGGGGAGAAUUGGGGUAUCUCCUGAUGUGGUUUCUUAUAACACCAUCAUCAAUGGGCUUUGCAAGGCAAACAAGUUGGAAGAAGCUUUGGAGUUGCGGGUUGAAAUGGAGUCAAAGAACUGUUGCCCCGGUUUGGUUACAUACACCACUCUCAUGAAUGGUCUAUGUAAGGCGGAUCGAGUUGAUGAAGCGGUGGGCUUGUUGUAUGAGAUGCAUGAAAAGGGUCUCAAUGCAGAUGUUGUUGCAUAUAGUACUGCUAUAAAUGGCCUUUGUCGUAGUGGAAAUGUGGGUAAGGCUAAGGAGCUGUUACAUGAGAUGUUGGACAAAGGAAUUUCUCCAAAUGUUGUUACCUAUACUUGCAUGGUGCAUACUCUUAGCAAGAUGGGACAGUGGGAAGAGGCUACAUCAAUGUUAGGUUCCAUGAUGGAAUCUGGGAUUGGGCCAGAUGUUGUUACGUAUACUGGUUUGAUUGAUGGCCUAUGCAAGGAUGGGAAGGCGAACAAAGCUAUGGAAUUGAUGGCUUCCAUGAUGGAGAAGGGUGAAGAGCCCAACAUUGUAACAUAUAAUGUCUUAAUUAAUGGACUAUGCAAGGAGGGCUUGGUGUCUAAUGCAUUGAAAUUUUUUGACACGAUGACACAAAGGGGGACAAUGCCUAAUGUAGUGACUUACAAUACAUUAAUUGGGGGGCUUUGUGAUACUGGGAAGACGGACGAAGCAAUGGAUCUACUCAAUGAGAUGGUCAAAGGUGUGUCAAAUGUUGAGCCAGACACGAUGACCUUUAACAUGCUAAUCCAAGGGCUUUGCAAUGCGGGCUGUUUUGAUGAGGCCAUGGGGGUUCAUCAUGAGAUGGUUGAGAGGAAGAAUCUCAGUAAUUUGGUCACUUAUAACAUGCUAAUUGGUGGGUCUUUAAAGGUACACAAUGCCGAUAAGGCUAUGGAGCUUUGGCAAGAGAUGAUUGGCAUGGGAUUUUCUCCAAACUCCUUCACCUAUAGUAUAAUGAUAGAUGGAUUCUCCAAAAUGCGAAUGAUUGGUACUGCAAAAGGUCUUCUCUCUGAAAUGAAAGCUCGGGGUUUAUGUCCAACUUUGUUUGAUUACAACACGUUGAUGGCAUCUUUGUGCAAGGAAGGUAAUCUAGAGAAUGCAAGGAGUUUGCUCCAAGAAAUGAGGGAUGCAAACUGUGAACCUGAUGUGAUUUCAUUUAAUACCAUUAUUGAUGGAACGUUUCGAAUUGGGAAUCUUCAAGCAGCAAAGGAAUUGCUUGUGGAAAUGCUUCAAAGCAGUUUCACUCCUGAUUUAAUAACUUUUUCCACAUUAAUAAACGGGUUUUCAAAGGCAGGGCUCUUGGAUGAGGCUAAAAAUAUGUUCAAGACCAUGAUUGCUCGUGGAUUGUCACCGGAUGCCAUUGUAUAUGAUUCACUAUUAAAUGGUUUUAGCGCGAAGGGUGAAAAAGAUGAAGUCAUCAACUUGCUUCAUCAAAUGGCAGCUAAGGGUGUUGCUCUUGACAUGGGAUUAAUUUCUUCUAUUUUGAAUUGUCUUUGUAUGGAUGAAGAAAAUCACAAGAUCAUGGAAUCAAUCCCCACUUUUUCACUUGAUGCAUCAAAAGGAGUGAGUAUCUCAUGCCAUGAGUUGUUGACGAGACUCCAGCAAUUGCAGCCAAGGCUUCAAAUACAGCUUGCUUGAUAGUUCUUAACCAUGGUUAAAAGAGAUGCUUUCACUUGUCAUGUUGCUUCUCGGCUGGUGAUUGUUUAGGCUAAGACAUGUUUGAUAACAGGCUGAAAAAUGCGUGAUCUGUCUGUGUUGAAGAAAGUAUCUCAAGAGAUAUGCUAGCAUUUGGAGAUGACACAGAACUGAUCUUGGAUGACGCAUUUAUGAGAAUUUGUCUUGUGGACAAGUGGUUUGGCCAGUUGUAAAGCUUGUAUUAUCAACUGGUGGCAUCCUACUGGCAGGCAGUGAUGUGGCAUAGCAUUUCUCGUGAUCUCAGGUGUGGUGCAUGGCUGCAUGCAUGAAUCGAAAGGCACUGUAAUUCUAAGAGGAAAGCUCACAAGUUUAUAGAUUGGUAUGGUGAUCCCAUAUGGCUGGCCUUUUGGAAAUGGCACAGAGCUGAUCCUGAUUUCUGGAUGACACAUUUAUGAGUGUCUCUUAUGGACAAGUAGUUGGCGAGCUGUUGUUAGGCCUAUAUUAUCAGGCUCAUGGGUCUUACUGGCUGCCCAGUGAUGGGGCAUUGCAUUACUCCUGAUCUCUGGUAUUAUGCGUGCACUGAACUGGAAGGUACUAUAGUUCUAAGCAGAAAGCUCAGAGAUGAACUGAAGAGUGGACCUGCGUCAAUGGACAAUGCUCGAA